AUGGAUGAGAUCUGGGAAAGGGCAGUGGAGACGGCAUUAGACGGCGAAAGCGACGUCGCGUCUGUCCGGACGUUAACCCUUGACGGAGCGGCGAAGUGCGUUCACGGCCGGCUACCGACGCCGUUAAUUUUCGAGAAGUUUAGCAACCUCCAGCAUCUUUCUAUAGCGAAUAUUGGCCUUUCAUCUCUUGAGCAGUUUCCUCGGCUUCGGAAUUUGCAGACGUUGGUGCUAUCCGAUAAUAGGAUUGCUGGAGGCCUUGAAUUCCUUGUUGAGGCGGGAUUAGAAUUUCUGCGGGACCUUGAUUUGUCAAAUAACAGGAUUUCGGAUGUUAAUGAUUUGAAGCCUUUGGCGGAGCUUAGGCUGGUGUCACUGGAUCUUUAUGAGUGCCCGGUUACGCGGGUUAAGGACUAUAGGUCGCGGGCUUUUGAGUUGAUUAGCUCUUUAAAGUACUUGGAUAAGAUGGACGCAGAGGGGAAUGAGAGGCUUGAGUCGGAUGAUGAGGACGAGGAUGCGGAUGAGGAUGCCGAGGGGAAUGAGAGACCUGAGUUGGAUGACGAGGAUGAGGACGCCGAGGGGAAUGAGAGGCCUGAGUUGGAUGAUGAGGAUGAGGUUGAGGAUGAGGACGAUGAGGGCAAUGAAAGGCCUGAGUUGGAUGAUGAGGAGGAGGAUAACAACGACGAUGAGGAUGAUGCUGGGAGCGGGGAAAUUGAAGGGGAGAAUUGGCCAUUUAGGUUGGGUAAUGGGUAUCUAACUAGGAACGAUGGGGUUAUUGAUGUUGAUGAGGAUGAGGAAAGUGAUGCAGAUGAGGAGGUAACUGAGACUUCUAGAGGGGUUAAUGGAUUAAUUGGAGCAAGCAAUUCCCAUCAUCUCUCAAAUGGGUUUAGGGUGGAGGAUGAGGGUGAUGAGAGUGAGGAAGAUGAUGAUUCAGUGGAAGAGAUAUAUGAAGAAGAUGAGGGUGAGGAUGAGGAGGAUGAUGUGGUGGAGGUCCAUGAGAUAGAUGACAGUAGUGAUGACGAGGAUGGGGUGGAGGAUGACGAGGAUGAUGAUGAAGAGGUAGAUAAUGAUGAGGGCAAUUUUGAGGAGCCCGAUAGUAACAGGAGGUUGAUAAGUGUGGAAGGAGAGAUUGAUGGUCCCAAGCAGGGUGACAAUGAUGAUAAUGGAGAGAUGGGAGAGGAAGAUCUGGACAAUGAGGAGGAUGGAGACUUUGAGGAUGAAGAUGAGGACGAAGAUAAUGGCACAGGGUACCUUAUUCAACCUGUAGGUCAAGUAAAGGUAGAUGCUGAUGGUAGUCGCUUGGACCUAGGAAAUGAAGGUGAAGAUGCUGGAAAGGAAGAAGAUAUCAGCGAUGAAGAUGACAGAGACGGUUCAGUCCAAGAGCUCCCAACGUCUUCUUCUCGAAAGAGAAACAGAGACGAAGAUAAUGAUGAGGAUGAGGAUGAGGAUGAUGAAGAGACGAAGAAGCACAAGUAA